AUGGCAUCCUUAGAUUUGAUCAAUCAGGCUCCUGUGGGAACUAAACUUUGGAUCCUCCAUCUUGGUAUACUCGAAUGUGAUGAUGGCUGGUUCAUCCGUGCAGCAAACGCCUCCUCGCUAUCUAACCCCAAUCCUGUAAACAAGCGCCGCAGACUUGUCAUGCUCGGUAUCCUUAUCGAACAUCCGACUGAAGGCCUCAUUCUAUAUGAAACUGGCGGUGGAGAAGACUACCCCAAUCUCGCGGGUGCACACGUUCAAGACGUCUUCUCACGAGUCGACUACGACAAGUCUAUGAACCUUGACGAACAAAUCGCCUUGACUGGCCACAAGAUUGAAGACGUAAAGAUGGUCAUCAUAGGGCACUUACACCUCGAUCAUUCUGGCGGCCUAGACCAUUUUAGAGGCAAAAACAUACCUGUUUACGUUCAUGAGCUCGAACUCAAACACGCCUUCUAUAGUGUCGCUACCAAGACUGAUCUUGGCGUUUACCUCCCUCAUUACCUUACUUUCGAUAUCAACUGGGUUCCCUUCCAUGGCGCAUACUAUGAGAUUGCUCCCGGCAUCAACUUGCACCAUGCACCUGGACACACACCCGGACUAACGAUCAUGCAGGUGAAUUUGAAGGAAAGCGGGACCUGGAUCUUCACGAGCGAUCAGUAUCACGUCAAGGAGAACUUUCAGGACAGUAUACCACAAGGCUGGUUAGCAAGAGAUCACGAUGCGUGGGUUCGGAGUCAUCAGAUGAUCAAGGGAUUGCAGAAGAGAACGAAUGCGAAGGUCUUGCUGGGCCAUUGUUUGGAUACGAUUAAAGAGUUGGGUGUUGACUUUGCCCCUACGACUUAUAAGUGA